UUCCUUUCGACCUUAAAACUAAGGGAAGAAUGAAUCGCGGGAAACUCAAAACCUUCAGCGGAACAAAUCGCAGCAAGCAGGUUUUGGCAACAGAAAGGCUAUUUCAAUAUAUAAUUUAGAAAGAGAAAGGCGUAUUAGAGGAGAAUGGGAAUGCGAAACAAUGCGAGAAGAUCAGAAAGAUCGCUGGUGUGCGCCAUUCAGGCACUCGUGGGAACCCACAUCUUAGUCGAAUUGCGGAAUGACACCUGUGUCAGAGGCUUGCUCGACGACUGCGAUGACGCCAUCAACGUUAUAAUAAAGGAUUCCCUGGUCGAGGAUGUCCAGGGCGUAGAGAAAAAGCUCCCACUGAUAUUCAUAAGAGGUAGCCAUAUACGCUUCGUUCACAUUCCACUCAACAUUAGUAUUUCUCAGGCUGUGGAGGACAGGCGUGCAGUGUUAGAUGAUGCAAUGUAUGCUUACAUGGGAGGAAAGGGAUUACCUGCCCCAAAACCUGGACAAACAUCAUGAGCCACAUCUAUGAAGCUAGUAGACGAGCAGGUGCUCGUCUUACUUCAUGCUGAUUAUUUUUAAGUGACAGUUUUGUUGGAGUCCAGAGUUGAAUAGCUAUGCAGCGAAGCUUGUAUAGACAUGCACAUUAGUCAAGCAAGAUUUGUCUACAAACUUAAGACUUAAUUCGCAUUUGAAUUUUUAUUUAUUUUAAGAGCUGUUCAUAAACAUUUUGUUUUAUAAUACGGGCAAUUCAUAGCUGUAAGAUAUGUAUGAGUUUCACUUUUUCUCAUGAUACACAUAUUCAGAUACAUAUUUUACUAUAAUCGAGAAUUUAAACUUUGUCUAACUUAGAUCCUUGAUCAUGGUGACAAAAUGUGGCCUUCUAUUUGUCAUCAGUCAUUAAAAUGAAUAUUUUUUAGUAAUAUUCUUCAAACAAGCAAGUUAAUUGUAGUGUACUACAAGACAGCGAACAUAUGAAGGACCUAAAUUACUUUUAAAAUGUUACAGUAUAUCAAAUAUAUACUUUUAGCAUAAUUUUGUCAGGAAAAUGAAUAACAAUGUUCUGUUUGAUUUGGGAA